UUCCGCUAAAAAAACAAAACAAAAAAAACAACGGUCUUCUUCAUUCCAACCACGAGCCCAGAGGAUACAAAGCACUUUUUUAUUGUUUUGGUUGAUGGUUUUGUUUUGUUUUUCUCUUUUGGGGCGCUACUGAUCCAAUAUGGCGGCACGAGCAAGGACGUUUCUGUCGUUGUUUUCUAUGGCAACGAGAAAAAAAGUGCUAGGCGGCUAGUUCGACUAAGCUGUCAUAUGAUUAGCGACUAGAACCGAACUGCCCGAUUCCAAUAUGGUGGUUGGGUCGGUGGAAGUAUUUGUCUUACUAACGAUAUCGUCGGCUUGCUGGUUCGGACCUGGCGUGUGGAGCCAAAACACCUCGCCGCUGGUCUUCGGCCUGCGACUGGAGGAAGCUACCGAGCGAGUGUACAUGCGCGAGCGCGUCCUGACUGCAGCGCGUGGCUCCACGUUUAAGCUUCGGUUGUUCGGUUCGUACUUGCUGAACGGGACCUCGGGGCCGUGGGUCGCGUUCGCUCAAGUGGAUGCAACUGUCGCUGAUGACGCGUGUAACCUAGAGACAUUGCGCAAUGCCUCUGAUUUCCAAGUGAGCGGAAAGUUUAAAGCGGAUGACGAAAACGAGGGCUUAAUAACAGUCCGAACCGAAGACACGAGCAUCUCUGAUGAGGCAGAGGAUGAAACGCCUCCGGUUUUUCACUGCUUGUGCGUGUUCAAUGGGGAAAAGUGGCAGUCAGCGGCCCUGGAUAGGUUCCGUGUAAAAGACCCGGAUCUGCCACCUGAAUGGAUCCCAGCAUGGGGUCUGGCUAUAAUUAUUAUCUUAGGAGUUCUCAUAUGUUCACUGAUACGAUGCCUGAAUCUAAGUUUGCUUUGGCUCGACCCUCUGGAGCUUUAUGUGCUACACAGCUGUGGCUCAGAAGAUGAGAGACGCCUGGCGAAGCGUUUGGAGCCAGUUCGGAGGAGAGGAAACUUUCUUUUGUGUUCCCUUCUGUUUUUGUGUUCCUUAGGCCACUCUGUGCUUGGUGUGAUCUUCUACCGUACCGUCGGAUCCAUCCUUCCAGCUGCCUUUGCAUGUGCCGCACUCAUAUUCCUGGUCGCAGAGUUGUUGCCCCAUAUCAUAAGCUCAGGUUAUGGCUUCUAUCUUGCCCCGGGUCUAGUAUGGCUGGCCCAGUGCUGUCUGAUCAUCACAUGCCCCCUGUCCUGCCCCUUAGGGCUCUUUUUGGAUUUGACACUUAAGCGUGAUGUGAGCACUUGUGGAGUGCGUGAGAAGGUGAUGGAGCUGAUCCGCGCAAAUGUCAAUGAUCCAUACAGCGAGUUUGUCAAGGAGGAGUUCCGCCGUGGGACUCUCAGGAGCAAGACGGUGGAGGACAUCCUGACGCCACUGAAGGACUGCUUCAUGCUACCCUCCACGGCUGUGCUGGACUUUAACACUAUGUCCGAGAUCAUGCAGUGCGGAUACACACGUGUGCCUGUGUAUGAGGAGGAGCGCUCCAACAUUGUGGAGAUCCUGUAUGUCAAGGACCUGGCCUUGGUGGACCCUGCUGACUGCACGCCCAUGACCACCAUCACCAAGUUCUACAACCACCCGCUUCAUUUUGUCUUCAAUGACACCAAGCUGGACGCCAUGCUCGAGGAGUUUAAGAAAGGAAACUCACAUCUGGCCAUAGUGCAGAGGGUGAAUAAUGAGGGAGAAGGAGACCCCUUCUAUGAGGUGCUGGGUCUGGUCACCCUCGAAGAUGUGAUCGAAGAGAUCAUCAAAUCGGAGAUCCUAGAUGAGUCCGAUGGCUAUAUGAAUAUGAAAGUGAAGCGUCCUCAUCCUCAAUUGGAGAUGCCUUUGGAGCCCCGUGCGGUACAGGAGGAGUUCUCUCUCUUUAAGCUCCCUGAAGGCGAGGCAAAGAUCCGCACAUCUCCUCAGCUUCUACUUGCUACACACCGCUUUCUCUCCAGAGAAGUGGAGCAUUUCUGUCCACAGCGCGUGUCAGAAAAAGUCUUGUUUCAUCUCUUACGGCAUCCCAGCGUCAAUCAAGAAGUAAAGUUUGACCCAAGCAACAAAAUGAGUCCUGAUCACUACCUCUAUACACGUAAUCAUCCGGUGGACUACUUCAUUCUGUUGCUGCAGGGGCGUGUGGAAGUGGAGAUUGGAAAAGAGGGUCUAAAGUUUGAGAACGGAGCCUUCACCUACUACGGGGUGUCAGCGCUGACUUUACCUUCCUCUGUACAUCAGUCUCCAGUGUCCACACAGCAUCGCUCCCCGAGAGACACGUUUGAGCUGGGGGAAGCUACAAGCUCGUCCAGUUACUGUCCUGACUACACAGUCCGAGCCCUCACAGACCUACAGCUUAUCAGGGUAACCCGCUUGCAGUACCUCAACGCCUUGAUGGCAUCUCGGGUAGCACAGAGCCCUGAUCCUCCCGAGAUUAAGAUCCUUCCGAACAGCCAGACCAAACUCCUAAACGAGAAGAACGUCACCCAAGACUUUUCUCUUUACUUUUCCUUCUUUGAUGCAAUUGACAACUACAGUUAAGUGUCUGGAGGUAAAGGCAUGUUCUUUGCUUAGCAUGUGUUUGUGUGUGUGAAGCAUCAUUUCCCUUCACUCCCGCACAUCAUUCUGCUUAGGAUAUGACAUUUUAUUUGAUUGCCACAUACAUUAUGACAAUCAAAUCCUUCCUCACCCUUUAGUGAGGAAAACCUUUCACCCUGAUCAUGUUUUGCAGCUAAUGUUUGCAUGUAGUACAAAUGAAUUGCAUCGUCUUUGUGAAUUGAUGCUUCUCCAACCGAGAUCUAUAAGUUGGUGUAUUCCCCAGUUUUAGACGCCCCUUCAGCUCUUACGACUCCAGAAUUAUUGACACCCCCCAAGCACAAAAAUGGGUGACGCUAUUUGUAUAAAAUCUUUGAAUAAAUAUUAAUUAUAGGUUGCCAGUCAGUUUUAAAACCAGUGUUUUGCAGAAAUCUUUCACUGCUUAAUAAACGAUUGUUGCCAUAAAA